CGACAAACGCGACUUGUGCGCGUAACACUUUCCCCCUGCAUGUCGCCGUUAAUGUGGUCUCCAUACUCUUGAUGGAUUAAAUACCAUCUUGCCAUCAGCUUGGGCGUCUCGCAUCAGCUUGUACCACUCUCACCAGGCUCCACCAUGGAAGAGCCACCAGCAGUGCCGGCAAAAGACACGCCGAAGGGCGCCGACAAGGAGGGGCACGCUACCGCUGGCGCAUCGAAGCGUAAGAGAAAGUCGGAAGACGACACGGUCUAUGAGUAUAACAAUGGCCAGCCGGAGCCUGUCAACGCGCACGCCCAUACACCGAAGCGGAGCCGCAAGCAUGCGCAGCAAGCCGAGUAUGAGGCUCCCGAAGAGACGACGCCUGCGGGUCAACGGAACCUCAGGCGCAAGAAGAAGGUCAACAAUCUCUCUACGUUGAAUCUGCGUCACGCAGCACAGCGCCAGCAGGCUGAACAGCAGCAGUUACGAGGGUCGAAGUUUCAGGAAGGCAGCUUAACCGACAAGCCAAGUCUGAAGCCACCAAGCGUCUUCACACGAAUGAUGCGGACGGAGAGCGGCAACAUCAAGCAGGUUGACGAGCUUAUGGAGGGUUACAAUGAAGCACCUUCGGCAGAGGAUGACUCGAUGGAGUCUGCGAUUGAGCAUGAGAAGGCCUCCACUGCGCAGCAAGUCGGCAAUAUCACCGCCCACGCUGCGCCUAGACCGGGGUCGAACGGCUUCCUCAGUUUUGGCCGCUCGUUCGCGCAGACUUUUUCCCCCGUCAGUCUGUGGAACAAGGUGUUCGCCGAGACGAAAGAGGAUCUACUGCGUCAGCAAGUCGAAGAAGCCAAACGCAAGCAGAAAGCAGAAGCCGAGGCUCGUUAUGCGCAAUUAAAGGCUGCGGGUCAGCUAGGCUUGCAACCUGUAAGUAACUUUGAUACUGAACUACGUCCGUCAGCCGAGGGCUCUUUGUUCCAAGACUCCGCUCUGGACAUGAGCAGCACUCGCACUUCGACGGAGCACAAGCACACAGUCUCGACUACGACCCAGCUUCUUCUGCCGCCACCGGACGAUGUUUCCAGCUUGUCAGGUGGCGAGGUUCCGGAAACGACGGUGAAGCCGAAAGCUAUGUUCAAAUCUCGUUUCUUCAAGCGUCCUUCCAUGUCAAGCCUCAAGGAUGGCCUCAAGCGGGUAAGGUCGGACUUUAACCUUGCUGCCGCCGCGAAUGGAGCCAACAGAGAAUCAUCAUCCUCUGUCUCACCAGUCAAGCCAGACUUCGGCUACUCAACUGUCAGACGCUCGGAGUCAAAAUUUGAUCUGAAGCGGCAGCAUAAGCUGUCAAAGCGCGUCAGUAAUCUGGAGGCUAAGCUGCAACAAGCGAGGAGGGAGCUUGGCGAGGCAUUGGUCGAGGCAUCACCCGCACCCAAGUUCACGAAUAAGUACGAGCGAUUCACUCCACAAAGCACACUGAAGAGACCUAAGUUUGUUCCAGGGAAGUUGCCGAGUCUACCGAGUGAGCGGGUUUUGAUGGCGGAGCAGAUGGGCUUUGGUGACGACGAAGCUUCGCCGGAGAAGGUGAUGAGUGAGGCUGCAAUGGACGACAAAGCUGAGCCGAGCCCGUUACUUCCGCGUGUUGAUGAAGGUGAAGAAACUAUCAAAGCCCCGACUAAGCGACAAUAUCCGGUUCAUGCAUCGGCACUCUUCGAACCUGCUCCCAAUAACAUCGACCAACCACCGACAGCAGAGUCUGUUAAAGUGAACGACAGUCACCAUAAUUCUAUCAAUUUCCGGUUUCCGAUAACUGACGACCCGGAGAUGGAUCCAAACAGCGUCACCAAAACUACAAGUGACGGCGUGCCGGAGACGGCCAAGCCAGCUAACUACGCCUCCCUCGACGCCAAGCUGAAGGCGCUCGACAAGAACGUCAAGCUUGCUGCUGCGACCAAGAAGCCAGCCGCUAAAAGCAAGAAGCGCAAGUCCACUGACGAGGGUGAUAAGAUAUUCAAGCCCGGUAACGGAGAUGACGAUGAUGGAUGGGACGAGCCGACUCCGCGCAAGAAGCGUAAAUCAACUGGCAAUGUCAACGGUGACAGUCCGCAACCAAGGCGUACGACUCGCGUUACUGCAAAGAAAGCAUCUCCGCAGGGCAGCAAGACCACCAACGGCACCGUCAAGGGCGGCGGGGUCGCUAUGACGACGAAGGAAGGCGAUAUUGAAGCCCACAACGAAGACGACGAAGCUGCCGCCGCAAACGAUGAUCUCGUGGUGUCAAUAGACACCAGUACAACUGCCGAGCUUAUCGCGGACACACCGAUGCGGACCAGCUUGGAGUCGCAAGGUCAGCCUCUUGAGCCGCUGUACGAAGUCGAAGAGGAGCUCUCCGCUGUUCCGCUUACCAGCGAGCCGACCAAACCAAGCGCGAAAGCCAAUCCUGCUCGUUAUGGCCACUACACUGCCCGGUCGCGUUCGAGCAGUCCAUUCAAGCGCGCCGACACCAUCCAGCCUGGCGCUGAAGAGCAGGUCAUAACUCGCGCGGCUGAGGCUGCCCAAGACCUUCGUGGGCGCUUGGGCAGCCUGCCGCCUACCGACUCUAUCAAGGAGAUCGUAACGGUCGUCGAUGAGACGGUUAGUGUCAUUCCAGGUGAGGGUGGCGUUCCGGCUUUGCCCGAUCUAGCCAGCAACGGUGACGACGGAGAGGUUCGCGAGGAGGUUCUCGCGGUAGAGCUUGGCAUUGCAGGGAAAGCCUUGAAGAGGGGAGACAAGAAGUCGUUCGAGUGGCCGGAAGACGUUUUCUAGGCAGCUGACCGAGACUGAACUCGAGUGGCUAUUGAAGGCUGCAUUUCAGCUUAGGAUUGGUGCUUUCGGCGCGUUCUCUACGACUGCUGUCUGCAUCGUGCGUGCCAGGUAUGGAGGCUUGCUGGCACUCUUGUUCCUGGAGCGAGCACUCUAGCCAAGAUAGCGAGGCGUUGGCGGCCAUAGUUAUUGGCCACGACAGCGAUAUUGGUAGUAUUGAGUUUGAUGCCCAUG